UCGAUCGUCUUAUUUCUCUCGUUAGCACUCCGGCAAUUUGCCAUGGCGCCGAUCUAAACCCUAAUUACUGAUCUAGAUUCCAAACAGGAGAGAUGUUCGGAACACAUUCGUCGUCGCCGGCGUUCGGCUCUCCAUCGGGCUUCGGCACUCCUUCAACCCCUGCGUUCGGCUCUCCAUCGGGCUUCGGCACUCCUUCAACCCCUGCGUUCGGAACUCCCUCUUCAACCCCUGCGUUCGGAACCCCUUCUUCAACCCCUGCGUUCGGAACCCCCUCUUCAACUCCUGCGUUCGGCACCCCCUCCACUCCAUCAUUUGCGACGCCCUCCACCACGCUGGCAUUCGGCUCAUCUCCGGCGUUCGGCACGCCGUUUUCGACGCCGGCGUUCGGCGCGUCGUUUUCCACGCCGGCGUUUGGCUCGCCGUUUGCCACGCCGGCAUUCGGGACGCCGUCUAUGCCGUGGUUCGGUACGCCUUCGACGCCGGCUUUCGGUUCCUCUUCGACCCCCUUCCUCCAACAACCCCAACCAGUUCAACCUCUGCAGCAAGCGCAGCCAUCCUUCUCCUUCUUUCCUCAGCAACAGCAGCAGCAAGUCCCAUCUUUCACCUUCCAGCCCAAUGCGCAAAUUACCACACAGAUGGCACCCGUCGCCCCACUCACUCUCAACCUCACCGACCGUGACGUCUUGGCGAUCGUAGAUGCCUACAAAGAGGAACCAGCCAACCCCAAAUAUUCCUUCAGGCAUUUGCUUUUUAGCGUGACUGAUCCGGCGGCUAGGGUGAAACCUGUUGGUGUUUCUGAUAUCAUGUGGGCGGAGGCAAUGGGGAAGCUGGAGGGAAUGGAGAGUGUGGACCGGGAGAGGUUAUGGCCUGAGCUUGUUCAGGGAUUCAAGGGCCUUUCAAAUCGAAUCAAGAUUCAGGAUGAAACUAUUGUUUCAGAUGCUGAAAGGUUGCAGAAGACGCAAUCUAAUGUGAAAGAGCUUCAAAGGCACAUCCAAGCCGAUGUAUUUCCAUGGGUCCAAAGGAUGCAUCAGAAAGAGCAAUGCCUUCAAAGGAGGCUUUUGAGGGUUAUGAGAAUUGUGGAAGCAUUGGAGGGCAGAGGACUUCGGAUGCCCUUGAUGAAAGGUGAACUUGAUCUGGGUGAUAAGUUGGAUUCUAUACUAAGACAGAUUAAGGGACCUGGAGGAGAGCUGUCUAGAAAGGUUCAUAAUUUGUCAUCCAUAUCUCGUUUGCAAGCCAAUGCUGGUGGCAUUGGAGCCAGCUAUCAUAUUGGUUCUGUCAAGAUUGACGAGCGAAGCCUUGCGGACUUGCAAGUGGUUUUACAGCUACAAACAGAAGCAAUUGCCAGGUUGGGCAACGUGUUGAAGAAGGAUACAAGGGACAUGGAAAUCAUUACGUCGGAGGCCGGCGACAAGCUGGAAGAUGGAGGUAGGCGAGCUUUGAAAAGCUUUUGAUUUUUUUUUUUAUAUAAUUAUUAUUUUGAUUUUUUGGCAUCGGAUUUACCUAAACAUGUGGCCGCUGGAUUUUAUGAAAAAAAAAAAAGGAUUCAAUUUUGACUGGGCAGUUGAGCUAACUAAAAGAUUCGUCCAUGCAA